GCCUACCUACCUACCUACCUUACCCUCCACUACCAUAACAGUGUCAGAACUUAUUCAUUCCCUCCAAUGUCUCAGAUCUCAACAUUACAUAUCAACGUCCUGUCUCCCUUUUAGCAACGGCGGUAUUCUUAUUCAGCUUCCUGAUCACUGAAUGCUUCAACUCCCGUAUCUAUGACCUCCUACGCUGCCUAAUUUGAGCACCACUAUCACUAGACUCCGUGUUUACACGUCAUGGGCUCUUCUGACCGCAACGAAUCCCCCGAAUCUCCCGAAUCUUCUGGCGCCGCUACGCCCAACAAUCCUAACCGCGCCUCUGCAUCAUAUAUCACCAACAUGUGGACCGGCCUCAUCCGUCGCUUCUCUAGCGAGGGUUCGUUCCCUAGCCAGGCCGACACCGCCUACGAAGACGACUACAAGUACCACAACGGCAAUGGUACAAAAGACGGUAUAAACGGUGUCUUCACACCCGUGCGCCGUACAGCGAGCCCCCUUCGUCCUCCACCCCUGGAUCCUCUUGUCCUGCAUGGUUAUCGUCAUGGCACGCCCACGUCGGCCAAGUUGCUGACACCCGCUGUCGCGGAGGAGAUUCGCACCAUGGUCCCUGAGCGCCUGCGUAUCGUCGACGACUGGCAUCUGAUCUAUAGCCUUGAGCAGGACGGCGCGAGCUUAACGACUCUUUAUCAGCGCUGUCGACACUAUGAGGGCAAAAGAGCUGGCUUUGUCCUGGUCGUCAAAGACCUAGAAGGAGGGAUCUUUGGCGCAUACCUAUCCGAAUAUCCGCAUCCUGCGCACUCGUACUUUGGCAACGGCGAAUGCUUCCUCUGGCGAGCCUCUACUAUCACACCUCUCCCUCCACCUCCAUCAGCUGAUACGACAAACCUGAACUCUCGAAUUACAACGCUCGCCCCGCCACCGCCUUCUUCAGAGAGCAACACCCCUACACAUUCUCGCGCGCCGUCGCCUACGCCUAGUGAAGCUGUCAGGUUCAAAGCGUUCCCAUACAGCGGCCUAAAUGACUUCUGCAUCAACUGUGAGACCGGCUUUCUAAGUGUUGGAUCAGGCGGUGGGCAUUAUGGGCUAUGGUUAGAUAACGGGCUUGAAAAUGGACAUAGCUCGAGGUGCGAGACCUUUGGUAACGAACCUCUGAGUGAUGAGGGAACCAAAUUUGGCGUCAUUGGAGUUGAACUCUGGGUUAUGGGCGUAUGAUGAUGAUGAUGAUGCUUCGGUAUGGCUCUCACGUGUUUGCAUGGCGCUCGGUGUUACGAUAUGGUAUUCGCAGGUGGAUCGGUCUCUCAUUAAACUGAUGAUCUAUGGGAAGAAGGAAAAUCUAUGUGCUGUGAAGACAGAGCGGUCUUUGUCUGGACCAAGCUUUUUUUUGGGUAUAUAACAAGGAGGACAACAGCAAAAAAAUAUUCAAGGCAAGGUCAGUAAAAAUCAAUGAUACCCGGAGCUGAUACUCCCAACUCUUUACAUCAUCAGUGGCCCUCCAAUACUCCGCAUGUAGUCUUACAAAAAGAUCAAUUGUUUAUUACUCCCUGUUUCAGCUCUGUCUCUUGGCCAUAAACGCCUGGAUCCCUUCCAGUACGCCUUCGGGUGUCGGUGACUCGGCGCACACGUCAGGCUCAAAACCAAAGGAUAGAAGGUGAUCUCUCGUCGUAGGUCCGAUGGUCGCGAUGAACGUCUUGCCGUCCCGUUCGUAGGCCUUAUGCACCUUGUUGGUUUCAGGAUCCAGAAUUCCCAUGACUCGAAGCAUACUAUCGCACCCGGUUGGUGAGAAUACCACAAUCCAUCGCAUGGGAUCGUUGCGCGUUUCGCCAAGGAUCCUGCGCAGAUCAACCGGAAAGCUCUCCAUGACGCCCGUUCCAUAGACGACCGUCUCUGUCACACGAAUGCGCUCUUCAUCUGGUAGUGCGCCGUCCUGCAGCGUUUUGGGAAUGAUAUCACGACGGGUUUCUCCAACGAGGAAUAGAAUAGGUGGGAGAGUCGCACGUUUUUGGUCGCGGUACCAUCCGUAGUAGUGGGCGAGAAUAAAAGGAGCAAGGGCUGCGCCGUUGCCUGUGUGGCUACCAAAGACUUGGAGAGGAGGUUCUUGGGGGACGGCGGCGAGGGCGCGAGUAGUGGCGGGGCCGACACUGUAGACGGGGAUGUUCUGUAGAUGAGGCCAUGAGGUUUCAUCCUCGGGGUUGGGAGUAUCAUCUGUCGCAAGAGAGAUUGUGUUAGGCGAGAUGGUUCUAGAGACAUGAUCACUAUAAGGUUAUGACGUACCGGACUUUCCAUCUUUGACAAGCUUCACAAAAGCUUCGACGGCGCGUUGUGAUGUAAAGAUCAAGCCGCCGUAUUCAUGAUGUUCCUGGUUUCCGAUGCGGCGAUCGCGAAGCAGCGCUGCGACUUCGUUCAUGCCGUCGCUGUGAAAUUGGUGCAGCAAAACAGGCACGAACUGCGGCGCAAAACCACUCCCAUUAAUGUUAGACUCUGAGAAAAGAUCUUCAUAGGAAUCGCCGGGGCUCGAUCUCGUCUUGAGUAGGAGAACAGGUAUCUUGGAGGCUUGCAACGCGGUGGAGUUGGUAGUUGUCAUGAUGAGUUGAGCUUUUUCUGAUGUGUAUAUAUAGGGAUCCACGCGGCUGGCAAUACUGUCGAUGGGUAGCUUUCAGGAUGAAAUAAUGGCGGAGAGAGAAUCAAUGGGAGGACGAAGUCGAGAUCAUGAGGUGGGAAGAUCAGCAACUUUCGGAGACUCGGAAGGUGGGAUGCGGGUGAGGGGCUCAUGGGAAAAGUGGGCGACAGCUUUAUCGAUAACUAAGGUACCUUAGUUGAGGACGGUAGUUAAAGAGCUUCCAGGUUCCAGCAGGUUCACUUCAUAUCUUGCUUGACUCAUCUUCACUAGUUUAUCAGGAUUUUUGACAAUAAAUACAGUUAUUGUAACAACA